AUGGCCGCCCCUCAGCAACAACAGCCCGCCGCCGCCGCCGGCCCCAUCAACAACGAUGACAUCGCCGACUGGACUGCCCGUCUCAACGAUGUGUUGGCCCGCCCCGGCGAGUACGUCAACUCCAAGUCACCGGCGACCGCACAGCCGUGGUACAACUCCUUCUUCGGCUGCUUCGCCCCGAUCGACACCUGCCUGAUGUCGUGGUGCUGCCCGUGCGUGGUCUUUGGCCGCACCCACCACCGCAUGCGCAAGGGCGCCAACCUCGAGGGCUACGAGCCCAUCAACACUUCUUGCCUCCUCUUCUGCGCCUCUUCCUGCGUCGCUCUCUGGUGGGUUCCCAUGGCCAUGCAGCGUGCAGACAUGCGCACCAAGUACAACCUCGAGGGCAACUGCAUCUUCGACAUGGUCACCGCCUGCUGCUGCAAUUGCUGCCAGCUCGCCCAGGCCGAUAAGGAGGCUGCCCACCGCGAGCCGCUGCUCGUCCAGCAGGGCUACCAGGCCCAGGCCGGCAUGGCUUUCCCGGGGGCUAAGCAGUAA